UCAGAGACGCGCGCGGCCCCGCUCAGCUCUUUAUAAAGCCGGCUCUCCAGCUCGUGCUGGUACCGGAGAAUGAGAGAACCACUAGCGACCCAACACAGAACCUCACAUUGGACCUGUCAGUCCUUUAGUUUUUAUUUCAAUUUCCUCGUUUCUCCAGGUGUGUUAUAGUAAUAAAUAAGAUGGCCACGUCCGCCAGCGCCUGCUUGAGUAAAGCUGUCAAGCAGGAGUACAUGAAGCUCCCGCAGGGCGAUAAAGUCCAAGCCAUGUACAUCUGGAUUGAUGGAACAGGAGAGGGGCUCCGAUGCAAAACGAAGACUCUUGAUUCUGAGCCGAAAAGCAUUGAAGAUCUUCCUGAGUGGAACUUUGAUGGCUCUAGUACCUACCAGUCAGAGGGCUCCAACAGCGACAUGUAUCUGAUCCCUUCUGCCAUGUUUCGUGAUCCAUUUCGCAAAGACCCCAACAAGCUGGUCCUGUGUGAAGUCCUGAAGUACAACCGCAAACCUGCUGAAACCAACCUUCGCAUCACGUGCAACAAGGUGAUGGAGAUGGUGGGGGACCAGCAUCCUUGGUUUGGCAUGGAGCAGGAGUACACCAUCCUGGGCACUGACGGACAUCCAUUUGGCUGGCCAUCUAAUGGUUUUCCAGGACCACAAGGUCCGUAUUAUUGUGGUGUUGGUGCUGACAAAGCCUACGGCAGAGACAUCGUAGAGGCACAUUACAGGGCUUGUCUGUAUGCUGGAGUCAACAUUUGUGGAACAAAUGCAGAAGUGAUGCCUGCUCAGUGGGAGUUUCAGGUUGGACCUUGUGAGGGGAUCGACAUGGGGGACCAUUUGUGGGUAGCGCGUUUCAUCCUGCAUCGGGUAUGCGAAGAUUUUGGUGUUGUUGCCUCAUUUGACCCGAAGCCCAUCCCAGGAAACUGGAACGGUGCAGGCUGCCAUACAAACUUCAGCACUAAAGAGAUGAGGGAAGACGGAGGAUUAAAAGCCAUUGAGGAUUCCAUUGAGAAGCUUUCAAAGAGACACAACUACCAUAUACGUGCCUACGAUCCUAAAGGGGGUCUGGACAACGCCCGUCGUUUGACCGGCCACCACGAGACAUCCAACAUCCACGAGUUCUCUGCUGGCGUGGCCAACCGUGGCGCCAGCAUCCGCAUUCCCCGUAACGUCGGCCAGGAGAAGAAGGGCUACUUUGAAGACCGCCGUCCGUCAGCCAACUGCGACCCGUACGGCGUUACCGAGGCCCUUAUCCGCACCUGUCUGCUGAACGAAGAGGGUGACGAACCCACAGAUUACUAAAUCCUCAACUCAUGGACUGAUUCUACUGCCCUCCUCCACCCACUUUUAUUUUUACUAGUACUGUAUUUUGUUUUCUCUCCAACUAAGAUGAUUUAAACUCACAAUGCUAAUGGUUUAAAGUUGGCUGGUCAACUUAAAACAUAAAAAGGUGAUGAGAUUCCAGGUAGUUUUGAGCUGGUGAUGUCAGGGUACGUCCUUCCCCGUGUGCUGAUCGGGAACGGACUUUUAUAACACUGUUUUUAUAACCCAUGCCACAUCGUUCCCUUUGUCUGUCUGUGACUAAAAUAAACUAAAGCACAAGGACACCUGCAGAGUAGGGCUGCUAAGGCUGGACGACGUGUGUAAAGUAAUAAAUGUUCACGUACUGUUAAUGAGUGUUGACCUGACUUUUCAACUGUCCAGUGCUCAAUGUUACUAACGCUCUCAUUUUAUGAAGUGUCUAUUUUUAAAAUGACGCUAAAUGUCUUCAAAUUCUGACCCUGAGUCAGCUUGUACGGUAUACUUGUAGAUGUCCCAGACAUGUUAUAAUGUGGUGGAUCUUUCUUUAAUGCCAUUUGUAGAUUUCCUCAAGGAGUUUUAUCCUUUUGUUAACUACAAUAUUGUAAUGCCACCUGAUUUGGUAAAACAUACGGUUUACUGAACCUGUGUUUUUUAUUGAUACACUUAAAAGCAUUUAUUUUUAUCACG